UUUUCUUUGUUUACUUAUAUAUACGCGUUUGUCGGUGCGGUUAUUGUUGGGGCCAUUUGGAGCUAGGCGUUUUGUAAAAUUGUGCAAACAUAAUGCAAAAUUUAAAGCUAUUAGUGAACAAAUAAUUGCAAUAGGCACUGUGCACAAAAGUAACGCCUGCUUCAUUAAAUGUCUUAAAUGUAUAUUGAAAAUCGAUCGAUUUUUUUGACAACGAAGUUGCAAACUAGCGGGCGUGUAUGUGUGUGUGUGCGCGAAUGUGUGUGUGUAUGUAGAGUAAAAUACAUGUGUAUGUACAUGCUUAUGUACUAAAUAGAAAACUCCAAUCAGUAAAGAAAAACAACAACUAAACACUGAGCAAAAAUGUCUGCGACGACUGCAAAUUUUUUGGGGAUGGAGCAUCUCUCAUCGCUGCCCGCUGAUGUACGUGAAAAAUUGGCCGAAUUGGAUUUGGAGCUAUCCGAAGGCGACAUUACACAAAAAGGAUACGAAAAGAAACGGGCGAAAUUAUUGCAACCCUUUUUGAAGAAACAUGAAUUGAAUGAUGUGGAGAAGGCAAAGAAUUUGCCGCCACCGCCAUACUAUAAUAUUAAAGAUAGCAACAAUAGCAACAGCAAUGUGAGCAACGAUGGUGUCAUCGUCUCCAGUGAGGGAUAUAGCUAUGUGACCGAAGUACCAUCACUGCCCUCAUCACAACAAAGGCAUUCCAAAAAGUCGAGCUCAGUUAUAUCAACAUCGUCAUCGACACCUCAGAGUGGAGGGGGUGGCGGUGGUGGCGGUGGUGUUGGUGUGCCUGGCUAUGAAAAUAUGCGACCACAGGGCGGUGCUGUUGGGGAUCCAGGCUAUCAGAAUACACGCGAGCCGAGCGCCUUCCAGAACCACGCCCCCCAUCCGCCCGCAAAUAGCAGUCAACAUCGACAACGUCGCACACAACGCAAGGUGACGCACAAUGAGAAGCGAUAUCAUUCCGAGGUACGCACAGAGGCGGUGCAACAAGCGCUGGCUGCUUUAAAGAGUCGCCCCAAGCCAAGUUUGCCGAUGCCAUCGAAACGCAGUUCCGUGCUGAAUCGCAGUCCUGGCUGUAAUGAUGAUGUGGACUCAUCAACCGAUGACGAAUCCAUACCGGAGGAGUUAAUCUCACCUGACAAGGAAUACAAUUAUCCGCGUGAUCAUAUUAGCAAUAGCAUGUUGCCACCAGAGCCAAUUAUAAAGCCACCAAUACGUGAAUCAUCAAUGGCACAACAGCAACAACAACAGCAACAACAACACCAGCAACAGCACCAGCAGCAACAACAGCAGCAACAACAGCAGCAGCAUUUACGACAACACGAUGUGAAACAAUCUCAAGCAGCAAUUCAGAAAUAUCCAUCGUCGGGCAGCGCUGCCGAACGACGACCACCGCAGAAUUUGCCACCGCUGCCCACAUCGGAUACUUCGAGCACAGAGUCACCGCCAAUUGCAUACAAGCGAGAUAAUGAAUUUUCUGAUAAGGCCUAUAAGCAAAAGCAUUACAACGCUCCAGACAUUACCCAGUUUAACAAUGCGCAUCGCAUUGCAGACCGUGUCACACGUUAUGUGAAUGUCUCUCAAACAGAUCUGAAUGAGACGGAUGCGAAUGGAAAGUGGAAAGUAUCGGCAAAGAUUCAACAGCUGUUGAAUACAUUGAAGAGACCCAAGCGUCGACCAUUGCCCGAGUUUUAUGAGGAUAACGAUAUUGAGCUGGAGAUUGCCGCCAAUCCCAAGGAUCCAAAUGCACCAAAGCCAGAGGGCAGCACAAUGACACCGGUACAGGGUGAACAACUAUCGAUACCCGCUGGAUUGCCACGCACAUUGGAGUGUGCUCUGCAGCGUUAUGGCACGAAUUCGUUCAAGAGCUCCAUGGCAACGGUAUUGGAUCCUAAUGGUAAAAUAACCACAACCCUAACCUAUGGCAAGCUGCUGUCUCGCGCACAAAAGAUCGCCUAUGCCUUGUCCACAAAGAUAUUCAGCAAGGGACCCGAACAGGUGACCCUCAAGCCAGGUGAUCGUGUGGCCCUGGUCUAUCCCAACAAUGAUCCCUUGAGUUUCAUUACUGCCUGGUAUGGUUGCAUGUUUCGUGGCUUGGUGCCGCUGCCAAUUGAGUUGCCGCUGUCCAGCUCGGAUACACCGCCACAACAAGUGGGUUUCCUGCUCAGCUCUUGUGGGAUUACGGUCGCUCUCACCUCGGAGGCAUGCUUGAAGGGUCUGCCGAAGUCGGCAACUGGCGAAAUUGCCAAACUGAAAGGCUGGCCACGCCUACAAUGGUUCGUCACGGAGCAUUUGCCCAAGCCACCCAAAGAUUUCAAUGUGGGCAACUUGCGCGUCGAGGAAACAGCUGCUGCGUAUAUUGAGUAUACUACUGAUAAGGAGGGUAGUGUAAUGGGCAUCACUGUCAGUCGCGCUGCCAUGAUUAAUCACUGUCGCGCCUUGACAAUGGCCUGUCAUUACACCGAGGGAGAGACCAUUGUCUGUGUGCUGGACUUCAAACGGGAGGUUGGACUGUGGCAUGCCGUGUUGACAUCCAUAUUGAAUGGCAUGCAUGUGGUUUUCAUUCCCUAUGCGUUGAUGAAACUACGGCCAUCGUCGUGGAUGCAAUUGAUAACGAAGCAUCGGGCUUCGUGCUGUCUGGUGAAGAGUCGGGAUCUGCAUUGGGGCUUACUGGCCACCAAGGAUCAUAAGGACAUCUCGCUGUCUUCGCUGCGCAUGCUGCUCGUUGCCGAUGGCGCCAAUCCCUGGUCAUUGUCAUCAUGCGAUCAAUUCUUGAAUGUAUUCCAAGCAAAAGGUCUGCGUUCGGACGCCAUUUGUCCGUGUGCCAGCAGCUCCGAGGUCUUCACUGUCUCACUGCGUCGACCAGGACGCUCCUCCUCGACGGGCUUUUGUCAAUCAGCCACUGGUCGUGGUGUGCUCUCCAUGGCCGCCCUCUCCCAUGGCGUGGUGCGUGUCGAUAGCGAAGAUUCCUUGACCUCGCUGACUCUGCAGGAUUGCGGACAGGUGAUGCCAGCGGCACAAAUGGUCGUUGUACGUUCGGAGGGUGCUCCGGUGCUCUGUAAAACGGAUCAAGUGGGCGAGAUUUGUGUGACGAGUGGUUCAACUGGCGCCAGUUACUUUGGCCUCGAUGGCAUGACGAAUUCCACAUUUAAAGUGCAACCACUGCUGGAGGAUCCCGAGCAGCCCAAAGAGGGCGGUGGCACCAUUGUCGGCACACCCAAACCCAUGAGCGAGGAAUAUUAUGUGCGGUCUGGUCUCUUGGGUUUCCUGGGACCUGGCGGAUUAGUUUUUGUAUGCGGCUCACGUGAUGGCUUGAUGACAGUUACUGGACGCAAACAUAAUGCAGAUGACAUCAUUGCCACAGUGCUGGCUGUGGAGCCCAUGCGUUUCAUCUAUCGUGGACGCAUUGCCGUCUUUAGCAUUAAAGUCUUGAGGGAUGAACGCGUCUGUGUUAUUGCCGAACAACGUCCCGAUUGCUCCGAGGAGGAGAGUUUCCAAUGGAUGUCACGUGUCCUGCAAGCCGUCGAUUCCAUACAUCAGGUGGGCAUCUAUUGUCUGGCCCUUGUGCCGCCCAAUCAUUUGCCCAAGACGCCACUGGGUGGCAUCCAUUUGUGCGAGGCAAGACGUCGCUUUCUCGAGGGCUCACUGCAUCCGGCUAAUGUGCUGAUGUGUCCACAUACGUGUGUUACCAAUUUACCGAAGCCACGUGAGAUGCAUCAAGGUGUGCAAACAACUGCAAAAUUAAGCUCAUCAUCUGGCUGUGGUAUUACAGACACGGGUGUGGGACCCGCCUCCGUCAUGGUUGGCAAUUUAGUGCAGGGCAACCGCUUGGCUGUUGCACAUGGACGCGAUGUGGGCAUGGCCGAAGAUGGUGAGCGUAAGCCCCAAUUGAUAACGGGCGUCUUACGUUGGCGCGCAAAUACCUCGCCAGAUCAUAUAAUCUUCACGCUGCUCAACUCAAAGGGCGCUAUAGCCAAAACGCUGACCUGCUCGGAGCUGCACAAACGAGCUGAGAAGAUUGCCGCCUUGCUGCAGGAACGUGGCAAAAUCGAACCAAACGAUCAUGUUGCACUCAUUUUUCCACCUGGCUUGGACUUGCUCUGUGCAUUCUAUGGCUGUCUGUAUCUUGGUGCUAUACCUAUAACAAUUAGGCCACCGCAUCCACAGAAUUUGAUAACAACAUUGCCAACAGUUCGCAUGAUUGUCGAUGUAUCCAAAAGUGGCAUUGUGCUCUCCAUACAGCCAAUUAUAAAGCUAUUGAAAUCCAGGGAGGCGGCGUCAUCCAUCGAUCCCAAGACGUGGCCACCGAUACUUGAUAUCGAUGAUAAUCCAAAACGUAAACUGGCGGGCAUAGCCACAGUCUCGUUGGACUCCAGCGCCUAUUUGGAUUUCAGUGUGUCCACCUGCGGACGUUUAAGUGGUGUCAAUAUAACGCAUCGAUCUCUGUCUAGUCUGUGCGCCAGUUUAAAACUGGCCUGUGAAUUGUAUCCAUCGCGUCAUGUCGCCCUCUGUCUGGAUCCAUACUGUGGCCUUGGCUUUGUCAUGUGGACUCUGAUUGGUGUUUACAGCGGUCACCAUUCCAUUCUAAUUGCUCCCUACGAGGUGGAGGCUAAUCCCAGUCUAUGGCUAUCGACGCUAUCGCAACAUCGUGUGCGUGAUACCUUCUGUUCAUAUGGCGUCAUCGAGCUGUGCACCAAGGCGUUGAGUAACUCGGUGCCAUCGCUGAAGCAACGCAAUGUGGAUUUGAGAUGUGUGCGCACCUGUGUUGUGGUUGGCGAGGAGCGUCCUCGGGUGACGCUCACCCAACAGUUUUGCAAAUUAUUCCAAGGACUCGGGCUCAACACACGCUGUGUAUCCACAUCCUUUGGCUGUCGCGUUAAUCCGGCCAUAUGUGUCCAAGGCGCAAGUUCCGCUGAAAGCGCACAAGUUUAUGUGGAUCUUCGGGCAUUGCGCAACAAUCGUGUGGCUCUAGUGGAGCGAGGAGCACCCAAUUCAUUGUGCUUAAUUGAAUCUGGCAAACUGUUGCCGGGUGUUAAGGUAAUCAUUGCCAAUCCUGAGACUAAGGGACACUGUGGCGACUCGCAUUUAGGUGAAAUUUGGGUGCAAGCUCCACACAAUGCCAAUGGUUACUUUACCAUCUACGGCGAUGAGACGGAUUACAAUGACCACUUCAAUGCCAAAUUGGUCACCGGUGCCACCUCAGAGAUGUAUGCACGUACCGGUUAUUUGGGUUUCUUGCGACGCACUGAAUGCUCUCAGGCAGCAUCCAUUUUAGAUGAGACCACACCAAGUGUGGCAAGUCGUGACAGUGAUACAGAGUCCUUAAAUUCCAUGAGCCAAUUGCAAUUGAAUUUCUCAAAUGCUUCACUCGGUGGCAAUUCCGAGCACAGUCUCGUCGGUGGCGCCAUCAAUGCCAAUGAUCAGGAGUUGCACGAUGCCGUUUACGUUGUGGGUGCACUGGAUGAAGUGAUAUCGUUGCGUGGCAUGAACUAUCAUCCAAUAGAUAUUGAGAAUUCGGUGCUGCGUUGUCAUAAGAAAAUAGCCGAGUGCGCCGUCUUUACUUGGACUAAUCUAUUGGUUGUGGUUGUUGAACUGGACGGCAACGAGUCGGAAGCUCUCGAUUUGGUGCCCUUGGUCACAAACACUUUGCUGGAGGAGCACCAGCUCAUUGUGGGCGUCGUUGUGGUUGUUGAUCCUGGUGUUGUGCCCAUCAACAGUCGCGGAGAGAAGCAGCGUAUGCAUUUACGGGAUGGCUUUUUGGCCGAUCAAUUAGAUCCCAUUUACGUAGCAUACAAUAUGUAAAUAGUAUUAUAGCGCUAAUUGCUGCGCGUUCCCAAAUACGUAUGCGAAACAAAAAACGACAAAUUAUUUAUUCAUUCAUCAUACAAAGAACAAUUUCCUUGUAAUCACAUUUAGAGAAACAUUUAGAUUUGCAUGAUUUAGAUUUAUCGCAACAUUGACAGAAAAAAGAGAAAAAAAGAAGAAACGUAGCCGAACUAAAACUACGAGUAUUUACUGCUUUCCUUUCCACAUACAUUUACCAUUUUACCACUUACAUACAACAUAGUUGAUACGACGAUUCUCUCUCACACAUCUACCCAUCCCAAAAAAAAGAAUAAAAUAUAAUAAAAUAAAAUACAAACGGA